AUGCUGGCGUCGUUCGGCCGCGACGGCGAGGUCUCGGCGGCGUCCGAGCUGCGGGGGCUCUGCCUCUGCAUGCGGGACGCGUCGGACGAGGACGUGGGCGCGCUCGUGACAUCAGCAGUGAAAAUUGGCGGCGACGGCGGGCCGCUCGACGAGAAGGAUGAGCUGGCGGGGGAGCAGGCGGAGGCCGCCGGAGAGGAGGAGGACAACGACGAGCGCAGGUGGCUGCGGGAGACGUUCGGGAUGUACGAGAUGGAGGGCGCCGGGUGCAUCACGCCGCUGAGCCUAAAGCUGGUCCUGGCCAGGCUCGGCGUGCGCCGGGACAUCGCCGAGUGCCAGGCCAUCAUCUGCCGCUUCGACAUGGACGGCGACGGCGUGCUCAGCUUCGACGAGUUCAGGACUAUGAUGAUAGCAUAG